GGAGUGGGGGUGCGCUUGCCUCGCUCGUGAACUUAUUUAGUGCUGCUCAUGGAUUGAUGUGUUUGAUUUAGUGACAUCCAUCCUCUUUGCUGGGGAAAUUGUCUUUUUCAAAAGGUUGUCCGUCUGCUGCCGGCCAUGGCCGACGAGUCCAGCGUCCGGGUCGCGGUCAGGAUCCGGCCGCUGAUCUCCCGCGAGAAGAUCGACAUGUGUCGGGUAUGCACCUCGGUGACUCCAGGCGAACCUCAGGUUUGGCUCGGGUCGGACAAGGCCUUCACCUACGACCUCAUGUUCGACAUGGACUCGGAACAGCAGGACAUCUACAGCCAGUGUACCGAACAGCUGAUCGAGGGCUGCCUGGAGGGCUACAACGCCACCGUCCUGGCCUACGGACAGACGGGCUCCGGCAAGACGUACACCAUGGGCACGGGGUUCGAGGUGGACACGUGCCCGGAGGCGGCGGGCAUCAUCCCGCGCGCCGUGGACCACCUGUUCCGCGGCGUGCGGCAGCGGCAGGAGGCGGCCCGCCAGGCCGGCCAGCCGCCUGCCGACUUCAAAGUCAGCGCCCAGUUCAUGGAGCUCUACAACGAGGAGAUCAUCGACCUGCUCGACCAGUCCGGAACCAACCGGGGCAGCAAGUCCAGCAUCCGGAUCCACGAGGACGCCGACGGCGGCAUCUAUACGCUGGGCGUGACGUCACGGGUGGUGACGUCGGCCGAGGACUGCCUCAAGUGUCUGCGGGUGGGCGCGCUGAGCCGCACCACGGCCAGCACCCAGAUGAACGUGCAGAGCAGCCGCAGCCACGCCAUCUUCACGCUCGUCAUCAAGCAGAUGCGCGUGGCGCGAGCUGAUAGCGGGUUCGCCGGCGAGACGGAGUCGGGUGACGGCGUGAGCAGCGAGGGCGGCGAGCAGCCCAUGGAGUUCGAGACGCUCUCGGCCAAGUUCCACUUCGUCGACCUGGCCGGCUCGGAGCGGCUGAAGCGGACGGGCGCCACCGGCGACCGCGCCAAGGAGGGCAUCUCCAUCAACUGCGGACUGCUGGCCCUCGGCAACGUCAUCUCGGCGCUGGGCGACGAGUCGCGCAAGGUGUCGCACAUCCCGUACCGGGACUCGAAGCUGACCCGGCUGCUGCAGGACUCGCUCGGAGGCAACAGUCGGACGGUGAUGAUAGCCUGCGUCUCGCCCUCGGACGCCGACUUCAUGGAGACGCUCAACACCCUCAAGUACGCCAACCGCGCCAGGAACAUCAAGAACCGCGUCACCGUCAACCAGGACAAGACGUCGCGCACCAUCUCGCUGCUGCGGCAGGAGAUCCAGCAGCUGCAACUGGAGCUCAUGGAGUACAGGCAGGGCAAGCGCGUGGUCACCGAGGACGGCACGGAGGCCAUCAACGACAUGUACCACGAGAACAACAUGCUGCAGUCGGAGAACGCCAACCUACGCACGCGCAUCAAGGCCAUCCAGGAGACGAUCCAGGGCCUGACGGCCCGUAACGCACAGCUGCUGGCCGAGCAGGCCGCCGGCGACUGGAUAGGCGAAGACGCCGGCAGCGACAUGACGCAGGUGGUCGCCAAGUACCUGCAGGAGAUAGAGGAGCUGCGCGCCCGCCUCAUGGAGUCGGAGAACACGUGUCAGAUGCUGCGGAAGCAGGCGGCCAACCGCAACCUGUCGCGGUUGACCCUGAGCCCGCGGCCGGCCGGCGCGGACGUGGUCGCCUUGUCCCCGGGCGCGGUCCGCGCCAUGGUCCGUCGGUUUGAGGAGCUGACGCCGGACCGGCUGGACCAGACCUUCACCGUGCCGACCGGGCAGGCCUCCCUGGCCGCCAUCUGCCUGUCGCUGUCCUCACCGGCCGGUGGCGCGUCCCCCGGCUGUAACCUGUCCGCUGAGAACUCCUCCCCGGCCGCCAUCUGCCUAUCGCCAUCCUCACCGGCCGGUGGCGCCUCCCCCGGCUGUGACCUGUCUGCUGAGAACUCUUCCCCGGCCGCCAUCUGCCUAUCGCCGUGCUCGCCGGCCGGUGGCGUCUCCCCCGCCUGUGACCUGUCCUCCGAGAACUCCUCCCCGGCUGCCAUCUGCCUGUCGCCACCCUCGCCGGCCGGUGGCGCCUCCCCCGGCUGUGACCUCUCCGCCGAGAACUCCUCCCCGACGGCUGACUCCGGCCCGUCUGCGCCCCCGCUCCUCUGCUGCGGCGGCGUGGAGCUGUCCCUGGUCGAGACGGGCAGCGUGCACGAGCUGAUCGAGGAGGCGCGCCGGGACCUGGAGCGGGACCGCACCAAGAAGCACCUGCGCCGCUCGAGCAGCGAGGGCGGCCGCUCCGGUGACCAGGACGGACAGUCGAGCGACAGCGGCGACGACAAGGACUCGGAUAACGCCGACUCCGAGCGCGAGGACUCGACUGACGAACGGGAGAGCGAGGACAAAGACAACGAAGACUACAACGAGCAGCUGGCCGAGCUGACGUCCGAGAUCAGCGUCAAGCAGCGGCUGAUCGACGAGCUGGAGCGUUCCCAGCGGCGCAUGGACACCAUGCGCCAGCAGUACGAGCAGAAGCUGCAGCAACUGAGCGGCCGCAUCAAGGCCACCGAGCAGGAGCGCGACAAGGUCAUCUCGGGCAUCGCCGGCAAGCGCUCGGCCACGUCCAGCGACGACGUGCGCAAGGUCAAGGACGAGUACGAGCGCAAGCUGUCCGACAUGGCCAAGGAGAUGAAGAAGCUGCGCUCGGCCCAGCGGGAGCACGCCAAGCUGGUGCGCUCGCAGGGCGAGUACGCGCGCCAGGUGAAGACGCUCAAGACGGAGGUGGUCGAGAUGAAGAAGGCUAAGGUGAAGCUGAUGCAGCGCAUGAAGGAGGACGCCAACAAGAUGAAGCAGAUGGACCUGCAGCAUCACCGGGCCAUGUCGCAGCUGAAGAAGGAGCACCGCAAGCACGAGAGCCAGAUCAAGUCGCUGGAGGCUGAGAAGCGCCUCAAGGACGCCGUCCUCAAGCGGAAACAGGAGGAGAUCGUGGCGCUGCGCAAGCAGGGAAAGCCGGCGCCGCGGACGCGCGCUCGCCUCCGGCCCCGAGGCGGGGAGACGAAGACCUACUCCCCAGCUGUGGCCAAGAAGAACUGGCAGUCGCUGGAGAAGUCCAUCAACCAGCUGGCGCUGAACAAGCAGACAGUGGCUAGCAUGGAGCGUGAGAUGGAGAGGCAACUGAAGGACCGCGAGAACCUGCGCCGCCGGCUGGCCAGGGUGCUGAAGCAGCGCGACAAGAUGCGGCUGGCCGGCUGGUCCCCGCCGCAGAUGGUCGAGCUCGAGGAGACCAUCGAGGGCAUCCGCGCCAACAUGGACUACAUCAACGACAACAUCAACGAGUGUCAGGCCAGCAUCAUGGCCAUGGAAGAGUCCAAGGAGGACCUGCCGAUCCAGGAGCCGGCGCUGCUGGUGCGGAAUGUCGAACCUGAGCAGAUGGAGUACCUGCUGGAGAAGCUGAUUGCCAUGACGAUCCACCAGAGCUGCGUGGCCGCCCAGCACGAGGCGACCGCUAGGGAGACCGAGGUCAAGAUGGAGCAGAUGGAGCAGAACAGCUGCGUGCAGCAGCAGCUGCUGCAGCAUCUGAUGACUGAGGAGGGUGGCCUGGACCCGGCCGUGCUCUCGCUGAUGGCGGAGGCCAGCGGGCCGGGCAGCGACGAGUCGGCCGCCUCCGACCAGUGUCUCUGGCGUCCGGCUGUAUCUCUGUGGCGUGUGGCUGUCUCUGGCGUCCGGGGCUCCUGCCGCCUCGACCCGCGCCCCUCGCCGCUGCCCGCCCGCCGCACCUACAAGGAGGCGCUCUCACCACGGCUCGCCCGCCGCAAUGUUAACAUUACUAACAACAACGUGCGCACCUCGGACAGUCUGUCGGACGCGACGCCGCCCGGCUCGCCGGCCUCCUACCGGCGCCAGACGUCGCGCGAGGAGAACGUCUUCAAGCGGCUGACGUCGACGACGGCCGGCCAGCAGGAGGAGCGGCCGGACGCGGGCGUGAUCACGCCGUACCAGGGCCGCGCCGGCCGCGCGCCGCUCAUCUGCACACACGUAGCGGAGGGCCACGCCAAGGCCGUGCUCUCCGUGUGCGCCACCAACGACAUGCUGCUGUCCGGCUCCAAAGAUCGGACGGUGAAGGUAUGGGACCUGCGCACGGGCCAUCAGCUACAGUCUCUGGCCGGGCAUCCCAAUAACGUGGUGUGCGUCCGGUACUCGGAGGUGGCCCAGCUGGCGUUCAGCGUGUCGUCCGCCUUCGUCAAGGUCUGGGACCUGCGCGAGGGACCCGCCAAAUGCGUCAAAACGCUCAGCUCGUCGGGCCUGACGUCGAGCGCGGUGCCGCUCUCCACGCCGUCCCGCACGCUGCAGAUGCCGGCCGGCGAGGCGCAGAUCAACGACGUCUGCCUGAGCGGCGGCGGCCGCGCCCUCUACACCGCCAGCCUCAGCACCGUCCGCCUGUGGGACCUCAGGAAGUUCCACAGCGUGGGCAAGCUGAGUGGCGGCCACCAGGCGGCUAUCAUGUGUCUGGCGGUGGACCGGCGGCGCGGCCGCGACCUCGUGCUCACCGGCUCCAAGGACCAUUACAUCAAGGGCUUCGAGGUGCCCGACGACACCAACGGCAUCGUGCAGCAGUGCAUGAGCCUGGAGCCGCCGCACUACGACGGCAUCCAGUGUCUGGUGGUGUCCGGCGACACGCUCUUCUCCGGCUCGCGAGACGCCUGCAUCAAACAGUGGGACUUGCAGCGGCAGACGCUGCUGCAGAGCGUGAGCAGCGCGCACCGGGACUGGAUCUGUGGCCUUAGCCUGGCACCGGGCGGCCAGACGCUCCUCUCGGGCUGCCGCAACGGCGUCAUCAAGCUAUGGGGCGUGGAGGCGUGCCAGAGCCUGGGCGAGUUGCGGGCGCACGGCAGCCAGAUCAACGCCAUCACCGCCAACCAGAGUCAUGUCUUCACCGCCUCCAACGACCAUACCAUCGGGCUGUGGCGGCUGCGGAACAACCUGGACGUGGACAGCGAGCCGUCGUGACCGGGGCGCGGUACAAGCUGCCGGCGGAGCGGACCGCAGAGAGCGGCGGGCUGCGGCGGCGCAACUUCUCGACGCCGACUAGAGAUGGCGCGCGGGGCGACGACAGGCCGUGGUGAUUCCAAUGGAUGUGACCGGCACUCGAACUCGAAACGCUGUUUUAAGUGCGGGUGACCCCCAGAGUGUUUGCCUGGUACCAUGCUGAAUGAUGAACUAACAAGAGUUGGGCUGUGAGAGAGUUGGGCGGUUCUACUGUGUGCGACGACUCGUGAACACAUGAUCUUAACGUUGCGUGUGGGAUACCGCUCAGCAAUAAACAUUCCAUUUUGUUGAAUCGUUUUAUCGUUUCCCCGUUCCUGCAUUGGAGAAUAAAUCGUUUGAUGCAGC